CGGCAUAAACAGCGCCCUCAACAGGAUUGUCGGUAACAAAAAAAUAAUGGCCGAACUCUUGCUGGAUCCGAACAUUCGACUCUGGGUUGUUUUACCCAUCGUUUUCAUCACAUUCUUCGUGGGAAUCAUCAGACAUUAUGUCAGUUUACUCCUAACGUCUCAGAAGAAAGUUAGCCUGCAACAAGUUUCGGAUGGCCAAGCUUUGGUGAAGAGCAGACUGCUAAGAGAAAAUGGAAAGUUUAUACCUAGACAGUCCUUCAACAUGAGGAAGCAGUUCUUCAACAACGAGGAAUCCGGCUUCUUCAAGACUCAGAAGAGAGAAGGAGUUGCGCAGAAUCCUAUGGCAGAUCCAUCAAUGUUGACAGACAUGCUGAAGGGUAAUCUGACCAACAUUCUGCCCAUGAUCGUCAUCGGAGGAUGGAUCAACUGGACCUUCUCAGGAUUUGUAAUCACUAAGGUUCCUUUCCCGUUGACACUACGCUUCAAGCCCAUGCUCCAACGCGGCGUGGAGCUGGCCUCGCUAGACGCUUCCUGGGUCAGCUCGGCCAGCUGGUACUUCCUGAAUGUCUUCGGUCUACGCAGCGUCUACUCGUUAAUCUUAGGAGAAAAUAACGCUGCGGACCAGGCUCGCCUGAUGCAGCAACAGAUGAGCAUGAGCCAGCCAAUGGGAGCGAACCCUGACCCCAUGAAGGCAUUCAAGGCUGAGUGGGAAGCCUUGGAGAUCUGCGGUCACAAGUGGGCCCUAGAGAACGUAGAAGACGAACUGAUCGAAAGAAGCCCAACUCCCGUCGUGCCGUAUGGCCCACACAACUUCCUAAGCAAGAUGAAAGUCAAAUAGUCACAUCCUCUCCCUUCCUCUUCCCACUCCCCCUUCCUCUGCCCACUCCAAAAAGAAAAACACACAGGGCCAAUUCUAUAAAGUUCUUAAGCACAGAAAAUUUGCUAAGCAUGGACAGUAUUUGCUUAGCAGAAACAGUUACCAGCCAAAAUGUCAUGCAGUGUGUAUUGCUUGUGGCUGGUUCCCACUUGGUUUAUGCUAAGCACAUAAAUUUGCUAAACACAAUUUCUUGCUUAGCAGAAGAUGAACUGAUUGAAAUUGGGCCUAUAUUUGUGAGUGAGUUGUACUGCGUUCCAGUCAAGAUCAUUUGUAACGUCCAGUUAAUGUGAAGUCCGCACAGUGGGCAGUAUCUUUCUGUUACUUUGUUGAAAAGAAUAAAAAUCUCAAUCCUAGCACGGAUCCUCUACACAAGGAUAAACGACUUCCCCAAAUUUCUGGUUAGAGGUAUUAUAUGGCACUUGCACGUCGUGCAUGCGUGUGCACGAGACUCGACGCACGACUGUAGUCUUUCAGUGGUCAAAUUUCUGUCGGGUGCCAGCUGUCGGGGAUCGUGGCACGCGAGCAUUAUUCUACAUGUUCUAUGCGUUGUUCUAUGCACGGACGCGGCAUAUCACGCCCCUAGACAAACCGUACCGUACAUUUUGUGCACAAGCUCAGAUAAGUCGUUUAUUCUUGUGUAAAGGAUCUGUGAUCCUAGUCAUGGACUAGGAUCAACGCAUAAGUUGUUCAGCCAUACUGUUUUCCCUGGACAGUUUUUUGCAAUCAGCGGGUACUAUUUUAUUACAGCCAAAA